CUCUUCUUGUAGUAUCAAAUAAUCUCACCACUUCUACCAUGAUUAAUUUCGAACCUUGCAAUCCUCCUCUCGUGGACCCACUGUUCCUGAGCUGUAUCACUCUAGGAUCUGAUACAACCCCCAAACCCCGGAUAUACCUUCAACAGGAUCUCAAGAUAUCACUACCUCUGGAAACUUAUACCAAAACAUUUCCUCUCCGGCCUAUAGCUAUCAGACCUGAUGUGAAGUCUACCUCUCCACCAAGAAACCUGUCAGACCAGGCUGCUCCCAACGUCACCAUCUCCCCUCCUCAACAACCAGGUCACUUGUUAGACUCCCACAGAUGUGUUUCUCCUAGAACCUCACCAAACUUUCCAAGAAAAGCAUCCAGACUCCUCCCUGUCUCCUCUCCUACUGAUCGUGCCGGUCCUAUUCAAUCUAAUGAAACUUCUCCUCGCAAUUUUAUCCCUUCAAACCUACCCGAUAAGAUUUCUCCUAAUCUGAAGAUAUCUCCUAAUCUAAAUAAAUUCAACAGAGCCAGUCCUUAUUCUUCAAAAACAUCGCCCAACUCCACACCCGACGUCAACAAAUCGGAAAAACGACGGAAUGAACGACAGGGAAUCUCAGAGACUCAAUUCUCUAUCCUGAAGGAUUGGUUUGGGAGAUACACUUACCUGACCAUAGAGAACAGAAAAAUAGUCAGCCAGGAAACUGGACUUCCAGAAAAGACAGUUAUGUACUGGUUCCAGAAUCAGAGACGCAAAGUGAAGCGACAUAUUUCUCAGAACUCUACUAAAUAA